CACCAUCAUUGCUUGUUUAUUGUUUCUUCUCUAGCACUACUACGUCACGGCCAAUCUGCUUGUCCUCGGUGCAGUAUACUUUCUGUCCUGUCUAUCCUUAGUACUCGGUACUUGGUACCCGUCGAGCGUCUCAUCUCCUCAGCACCGUGGCAAAGAAAAGAAAACACCCGAGACCGGGAGGGAACCACGGCCAGAGCGUGGCGGGGUCCUCGUCUUCAGCCCUCGCAGCACGCAGAGCGAAGUGGGCGCAGUCGCAACUGCAGCUGCAGGCGACUUUUUGCAGUCACCACCCAACGGCCUCCCGCACAGCCUGAAAGCCUGAAAGCCUGCACUUGAACCACCCACACAAUCCACGCAAUAAAGUAUCCACCGCUCAUCACUGCACUGCAUGUUUGUCCUCGCUAACACUACUACAACAACCUUAGCCAUCAUCACCAAGUCCUGACGCUACCUACGACAUUUUCCAAGGCCCCGUGAGAAAUCCCUCCGCUGCGAAAGGGACUCCCUCUUGUCUCCCUCUAUCCUUCGACCGCAUUCUUCCCUAUCAAUUCUCCCCCUCGGGCCUGGUCAGACAAAUGCCCCUCCAGCCUCGACACGGGCUCGUGACAUCGCACUUCUGUUCACUCUGAAGGCCGCAGUUGGCCAUAACUCCACCACUACACCCUCUCCUUCCGUCUCCCUCCUCGCUCCUUCGUCAUUUCCUCCGCAGCCAUGGCGGACCCCGACCAGGCCAUCGCCGAGGUCUAUCGCAAGAUCGAGCGAGAAAAGGCUCUUAUCAAUGCCGCCACUCACAUGCGACAGUCCACCAACAACGCCGCGGUCCAAGCACGUGUCGACAGCAACAUCCGGGACGGCAGGCGAAACAUUUCAUACCUGGAAGAAAAAUUGGCAGAGUUACAGCUGAGACAGCGGGGUCACAAUGAGGGAGUUGCUCCCCCUCCACCUGCCCAUGGGGGCUCCGGGUAUCAGACUCCCUUAGAUCCCCGUAUGCAGCAGUCGCGAUUCCAGCACGGCGGGGGACCGACUCCUCCUCCCAAAGAUGAGCGAGGCUAUUUUCCCGGCGAGAGAGGCGACUAUGGUGAUCCUGGUCCAGGCGGAUAUAGCCAGGGCGGCACCGGCAUGAUGCCUCCACGAGCUCCCUACGGAGACCCUCGUCCUUACAGUGCUCCGGUCCCCAAGGCACGCCCGAAUUUCUCGAAACUAGACCUGAUCAAAUACGACACCCCAUAUCUCGGUCCCAAAAUCCAACUCAUGCUCUCCCAACUCGAGUUCAAACUGUCAGUCGAAAAGCAAUACAAAGCGGGCAUCGAAAAAAUGGUCCGCCUGUACCAAGACGAAGGCGACAGAAAGAGCAGACUAGAUGCCGAGGGCCGGCGCAUCGAGAGUAAUCAGAAAGUGCAGUUGUUGAAGCAGGCCUUGAAAAGAUACAUGGACUUGCACGUCGACAUCGAAACGUCGGAUGGUGCUGACGAUGACAGUCUCAACGCCCCCAACAUGCGAAAACCCCUGACCGGUCACCUGGAAAUGCGUAUUCAUGCCAUUAAGGAUGUCGACCAUGCAGCCUCGUCACGCUUUUCAAGAGGCCCCGAAACGUUCGUCAUCAUGAAGGUGGAGGACAACAUCCGGGCCAAGACUCGGGCGACUCGCACAGAUAAAUGGACAGAGGAAACGCAUCACGUCGACAUCGACAAAGCCAACGAGAUCGAGCUGACGGUCUAUGACAAAGCGGGCGACCGACCAACCCCAAUCGGGUUUCUCUGGAUCCGUAUCUCGGAUAUCGCGGAAGAAAUGCGCCGGAAGAAGAUUGAAUCGGAAUUUCAGCAGAAUGGCUGGGUAUCAGCAGACAAGAUGGCGAAUGGUGGCAGUCCGGGUAAACCAGGCCCUGAUUUUCAACCAGCAGCUUUCAUGCCUCCAGGAGACGCUGCGGGCGCCGGCUCUGCCGCGGGUUUCACUCAAAAUCCUCAGCAGCAGUUCCAACCUGUGAUGAUCGAUUCUUGGUUUUCUCUGGAACCAGCAGGCAGGAUCCAUCUCUCAAUGAGCUUCCAGAAGCAGACGGGCGGCAAACGGCCGUUUGACAUCGGCCUGAAUCGCCAAGGCGCCGUGCGCCAGAAGAAGGAAGAAGUGCACGAAAAGCAGGGCCACAAGUUCGUCAAGCAACAGUUUUACAACGUCAUGCGCUGUGCUCUCUGUGGAGAUUUUCUAAAGUACUCGGCGGGCAUGCAGUGUGCAGAUUGCAAAUACACCUGCCACACCAAAUGUUAUCCGAAGGUGGUCACCAAGUGCAUUAGCAAAGCAAACUACGAAACGGAUCCCGACGAAGAGAAAAUCAACCACCGCAUUCCACAUCGUUUCGACAAUUUCUCGAACAUCGGUGCGAAUUGGUGCUGCCACUGCGGUUAUCUGCUGCCAUUGGGAAGACGCAAUGCGAAAAAAUGUUCGGAGUGUGGCCUGACUUGUCAUGCCCAGUGUCAGCACCUGGUUCCGGACUUUUGUGGCAUGUCCAUGAUCGUCGCCAAUGAAAUCCUGGAGACCAUUCAGAGAACGAAACACCACAACAAAUCCUCCUCCGUGAGCUCGGGCAUGAGCAAUCGAACCCUGAGACCGAAUUCCGCAGCCAGGCCGGGUCCCACGUCUCCCACGCAGAGCUUCGUUUCGGACAACACUACCCUAACGCCACAGAUAUCAAACCAGUCUUAUGACCAACACCAGGAACAACCGAAGCCCUCUGCUGCCGCCAUGAGCGCUGCGCAAAACAUGAUGUAUAACCAACCCCAAGCGAGCCUGUCACAACCACAGCAGCAACAGCAACGACCAUUGCAGCAAAAGGCCGUGUCUACCGCGGCGGUGCAGGCAGCCGCUGCUGCCACGACUCGACCGCCGUCUCAGCAGUACAGCCAAUCGUUCAAUGACUACAGUCCUCAGAAAAUGCCCGCAGACCGUUACGCGAACGCUCGACCCCCCGCGCCCGAACAACCACAUGCUUCAUACGACCCUCGCGCCUACCAAGGAUACGACCGCCAACCGGUGCAGCAACAAAUGCCGCAACAUCAACCGCCACAACAAGCCAUAAUUCAAUCCCCACGACCUCAACCUCCGGCGGCGGCAGGAACAGCAAGCUAUUCGCCCGCCCCCAUCAAACCAGCGCCGUCGUCGCAACAACAGGUCGCCACGCCUCCAUCUGGACGCGGAUCCGGGCCUAGAAUUGGCCUUGACCACUUCAAUUUUCUCGCGGUACUGGGGAAGGGCAACUUUGGCAAGGUCAUGCUUGCAGAGGCUAAGAGCUCAAAGAAGUUGUACGCCAUUAAGGUCUUGAAGAAAGAGUUCAUUAUCGAGAACGACGAAGUCGAGUCGACCAAAUCCGAGAAGCGCGUCUUCUUGGUCGCCAACAAAGAGAGGCACCCUUUCCUGCUCAACUUGCACGCUUGUUUCCAGACAGAGACUCGAGUGUAUUUUGUGAUGGAGUAUAUCUCGGGUGGCGAUCUGAUGUUGCACAUUCAACGUGGACAGUUUGGCCUUAAGCGUGCUCAGUUCUACGCUGCCGAAGUUUGUUUGGCUCUCAAAUACUUCCACGAAAAUGGCGUCAUAUAUCGAGAUUUGAAGUUGGACAACAUCCUGCUCACCCUGGACGGACACAUCAAGAUAGCGGAUUAUGGGCUGUGCAAGGAGGACAUGUGGUUCGGAUCGACGACCUCCACAUUUUGCGGUACACCUGAAUUCAUGGCGCCCGAGAUCCUUUUGGACAAGAAAUACGGCCGUGCCGUUGAUUGGUGGGCUUUUGGUGUCCUCAUCUACCAGAUGCUACUGCAACAGUCUCCGUUCCGUGGCGAAGACGAGGACGAAAUCUACGACGCGAUCCUUGCAGACGAGCCCCUAUACCCCAUCCACAUGCCACGUGACAGUGUUUCGAUCCUACAGAAGCUGUUGACGAGGGAACCAGAGUUGCGGCUAGGGAGCGGACCGGGAGACGCGCAGGAAAUCAUGAACCACGCGUUCUUCAAGGGCAUCAACUGGGACGACAUCUAUCAUAAGCGGGUUCCCACACCGUUUAAGCCCACCAUCAAGAACGAAAAGGAUACGAGCAAUUUCGACCAGGAGUUUACGAGUGUGACACCGGUGCUCACACCGGUGCAGAGUGUGCUUUCACCUGCCCACCAGGAGGAAUUCCGUGGGUUCUCGUAUACAGCCGAUUUCAUCUAGGAGAAGAAAACACAAGGAGGGCCAAAAAGCCACAGCGGCAGUGAGGUCGAGUCCAGCACAGAAAUUCAAUGCUUCGAGGAGACAAUUCCUGCCGAGAACGCCGAUCUUCAACUCACGGGCAAAGGACCGGUUAUGCGCCUUCGAUUAGUCACUUCCGAAAAGCCAGCGUUUUGAGCAGACCACGGAGUGGGAAGCAAUGCGGUCGGCGCAGUGGACCCAAGUACAGCCAAGUGUGGUCCAUCAGGGCGACGAGAAAUUAAGCAUUGCUAACGCAGCGGCGCUUGUGCCACUGAGCAGGGGUGGUCAAGAGCAAGCAUCAGAACUUUGCUCCAGGACCGAGAAACGUGUGGAAUAGAAUUGCAUCUAUGUCAGGGUCAAGGUCACCCCUAAGAUAGCCCUCUGGAAGGUUUUGAAGGACACGAUGUGUGAUGAGGUGACAUGAAGUUGGUUCGGGUUGGACUGAAAACCCAAGCGAGUGUUUGGAAUGAAGCCGCCCAGGCACGAGAAACGAAACAUGACGGAAUGGAAUAAGAGACCAAAUUGGAAUCGAAACUUGGAUGAGAGGCAGACGAAAUUCCAGACCGGCCAUGACUGGACAGAUUUAGAGAGAAUGACAGGGAGGCCAGACCAUGCAGAAAGACAAUCGAGAUGUAUCAUUCAGCGCAUUAUUGGGUAAAAUUCGCUCCAUGGG